AUAAAUUACAUUGAAAAGUGUCAAAUCUGAUAUCAAUCAAGCUUUUUGGAUUUGUAUUGGCAUGUACCUGGUCAAAAGGUGUAAGCAAUCAUCUAGAAAGUUGGAAAGCCAAAUUAUCCUUGGGUGUGCCAUUGUGUUUAGGUCUGAUGAGCCUAAUCUAUGAUUGGUUUGCAUGUGGAUCUAAUUCUAACUAAUAAUCUAAUGCAGCCUCUUUUAGAGAAGGGGGUGUUUUCUUUUUCCUCCAAACUUCCAAGCUUCAUGUUUACUACACCAUUACAGUAAACAAUUGUAUAAUGUCAAAAUGUUUCUCAUUUUCAUUCAUUAAGAACACCUGACUCAACUAUUCCACUGAUUAUGAUAAAUUGAAUCUGGUGUGUUGGAGAGGGAAAACUGCUUAAGAAGUGGCUCUACAGAAGAAAGAGGAGACGACUUGUCUUGUGAUAUUCAGAAACCUAUAAUGGCUUCAUCCAGCUCUGCUUCAGAGGAUUUUUCAUGCCCUGUUUGUUUGGAAAUACUGCGCGACCCUGCUACCAUUCCCUGUGGGCACACCUACUGCCUCCAGUGUAUCCAGAAGCAUUGGGAUAAAGCUUCAACAAAGGGCUCCUACUCCUGUCCUCAAUGCAGACAAGUGUUUAACCCCAGACCCUCUCUGGGCAGAAACACCAUGCUAAUUGAGGCCAUGAAGAAACUGAAAGUGGGGGAAAAACCUAUGGGUAUAUCCAUAGAUUCGCCACAUCAAGCACAGGUCUGGUCUGAUGGAGCUGCAGGAGCUGAUGGAAGUGCCUCAGUGCAGGGUGGAUUAUAUCCUCAACUUCCUUCCACCUCACCCAAGCUAUGUCCACUACACCAGCAGGUACUGGAAUUCUAUUGCAGCCGUGAUAAACAGAGUGUUUGUGAUGAAUGUACUUUGAGUGAAAUUACUUUAUUAAUUACUCAUUUUUCUUUUGAGCAGAAAGAACUGAAGCAAAAAAGGGCAUUAAUACAACGGAAUAUUCAAGAAAGAGAGAUGCUCGUUCAAACUCUACCACAAGUUUUUCAGGCUCAUAAGACCACUAUUCAGGAACUGCAGAGGGAAAAUCUGGAGACCUUUGGUGAAGUAAUGAAGAACAUGGAGUUGAUGAGCUCCCAGGUGGUGGAACUUCUCCAAGCCUAUGAGGCCUCAUCUUACAAUCUAAUGGAAAACCAGAGUUGUAAACUACAGCUAGAGAUCAGCCAGCUAAACAAACAACAUGAGGAACUAAACAGACUAGCUGACAUGCAGGAUUCCAUUCAGUUCCUUCAGACAGUCGCUACUUUGAAUGGCAUGGACCCGGUUGGAAAUUCAAAGAUGGAAAGUUUCCACACAGACUCAGUGAAUUCUGGGAUCAGAUUGGCUCUUGGGAAUUUUAAAGAGCAGCAGCAGGACCUUUGCAAAAAAAGCUUAGCCAGUAUCUUUCAAGUUGUGAAUAAUGUGAGAAGAGAGGAAACAACUAAUGCUCAAGCUUCAGAGGCGAGUCUUGUUCCUGCCAGUUUGCAAGCUGCCUCAGAACAAACAGCUACUCAGAUGACACCUGCAUCUAGGACCAGUGAUAGAAAACCUAAAAAUACAGCUCUUCCUUUUGCAGUGCAUCAGCAGCCUACAGUCAAUUCUGCAAACUCAGCCUCAUUCAGUGAGCAAAACCCAGCACCUAAAACCAGGGAGGAAAUGCUUAAAUAUCGUUUUGAGCCUACACUGGACAGGAACAGUGUUUAUCGUCACAUACGUUUGUCUGAUGAAGAUCGCAAAGCCACUCUCCGUGCAGAGAAUCAAAACUACCCAGAGCACCCUGAUCGUUUCCUGUUCUGGAGGCAGGUGCUGUGUAAGGAGCCCUUAGCAGGAAGCCCAUACUAUUUUGAAGUGGAAUGGACUGGACAGAAGGUUACCAUCGGCGUGGCAUAUAAAGACAUGAACCGCUCUGCAUCAGAUGACCGCUCCAGACUUGGUCAUAAUGAGCACUCGUGGAGUUUGUAUUGGUCUGGUACGGCUUUCUCAUUAUGGCACGCGGGAAAGGAGACGGCUUUAGCUUCUCCUAAAGCCAGACGGAUUGGGGUCUACCUGGAUCAGCAGGCAGGAGUGCUGGCUUUUUACAGAAUCUCUCACAACCAAGCCCACCAGAUCUGCUGUGUAGAGACUACAUUCAGUGGAGCUCUCUUUCCUGGUUUCCGUUUUUGGUCUGGAGCAGGCUGCACCAUCACCGUUUGCCAGCUUGACUGAAUAUUGCAAGAGGAAGAUUAACACAGGCUAACGUCUAAGUCUUGGAUCGACACAAAACCAUUUUUGGUAGCUGAUAAUUUGUGAUCCUGCUUGAUUGAUGUUGUGUUUGCUAGUUUAUUAUCUUCAUAAUAAAACCAAAAAUUACCUUCA